AUGUCUUCCAAUCAAUUACAGGAACUCAAAAAGUAUACCACUGUUGUGGCCGAUACAGGUGAUUUUAAAUUGUUGCACGAAUAUCAACCCACAGAUGCAACCACUAAUCCAUCUUUGAUUUUCCAAGCCUGUCAAUUGAAAGAAUAUGAACACUUGGUCCAAGACGGAAUUGAAUAUGCAAAGAAAGUCGGGGGUAGUGAUAAGAAGAAGCAAUUAGAGGCUGCUCUUGAUAAACUGAAUAUUAAUUUUGGAUUAGAAAUUUUGAAGAUUAUAAAAGGAAGAGUCUCCACCGAAGUGGAUGCAAGACUUUCUUUUGAUACGGAAGGUACAAUUAACAAGGCAAGACAUCUUGUUAAGAUGUAUGAAGAUGCAGGAAUUUCGAGAGAGAGAAUCCUUGUUAAGAUUGCAUCUACAUGGGAAGGCAUUCAAGCUGCAAAGAUUUUGGAGGAAGAAGGUAUUCAUUGCAACAUGACCUUGUUGUUUUCAAAGAUUCAAGCAAUUGCUUGUGCUGAGUCCAAAGCUACACUCAUCUCUCCUUUCGUUGGUAGAAUUUUGGAUUACUAUAAGGAAAAGGGACAGAGCUUUGACAAAGCCAGCGAUGAUCCUGGUGUGCUUUCUGUUACCUCAAUUUAUGAUUACUUUAAGAAGUAUGGAUAUAAGACCGUGGUCAUGGGUGCAUCCUUCAGAAAUACCGGAGAGAUUAUCGAAUUGGCUGGUUGUGAUUUGCUCACCAUUUCUCCAGCGCUGUUGAAACAAUUAGCUAACACUCCAUGUGACAAUUUGGAAAGACGUCUUUCUCCUGAAAAAGCACGAGAAUUGGACAUUCCCAAGGUAGAGGUUAAUGAGAAGAUUUUCAGAUGGGAGCUCAACGAAGAUGGAUGUGCUACAGACAAGCUUGCUGACGGUAUCAGAAAAUUCACUCAAGAUUUAAUCAAAUUAGAAAAGCUCAUUCUUCCAAAGCUUGAAUCCGAAAACUGA